AUGGUGCCUUCAAUGGAACUGGUGAUCCUCUUGUUGAUCCGAUCAUUCGGGGAAGCCAACUUCUUCCUGUACUGUCAAUUACUGGCUGAGCUGAUAUCGUACUUCUUUGCCAACAACAAUGUAAGCUAUGCACAGUGGAUUCCGAUCCACUACAGAGACAUGUUGCCCCUGGAACAGAAGCAUCCUCAGCUGGCUCAGGAGUUCCAAAGUGGAAACUUUGUUGUACACGAAUCGAGUCGACAACUCCCAGCAGUGGCUAUGGGCCAAGCACACGAGCAGGUCCACGCUGUCAUCAAGUCAAACGAGGGUGCGAUCGGCGUGACUGAAGACCAAUCAGCACUGAGAAGAUGGAUGAUAGCUGCUCCUGAAGUCACUUGGUUGCAUAGUAUGAGGCAGCAUGAGGGUACUGAACACACCACCAGCCACCAUGAGGAGACAGGACGAGCGCAAAGAGUGUUCCUUGAGAAAGUAGAAAAGAUGCAAGAUAUGGGCAUGUUCGGGGCCUGUUUUCGCUUGAUAUCCAGCACAGCUGAAGGUGUCGAUGAUUCAAGGUUCGACUCGGAAGUAGAUGCCAUACGAAACCAUUCCUCCAACCCGAGCAGCGCUGAAGCAACACGUGAAGCGUGCUGCUUACGUCAACUAGAAACGCAGGCUCCUGCCAACUGGGGUUGGACCAAGAAAGGAGAUCUGUGGCUUAUAGUUUGGACAGAGCUCCCAUCUAUUGCAGAGAGUUGCUAG